UCCGAAAUCGAAAGAGAGAAAAAGAGCUCAUGAGGUAGAGAGGUGCAAGCAGGAUAAGGAAGAUGCAAACCCUGCUUCAACCCUGUAAGUCUUUUCCGUUUCUCAACUCUUUAACUCAAUACUUUUCUCUUAAUGGUGCUCCCAAAUGCAAAUGUUCUGUUAAAACAACUCCAUCUUCUUAUUCCUUUACCACUACUGGGACACCCGGAGCUUUGUCUUUUUCGAAGAUUACGUUUUUGAGAAGUACCCGGAUUGUAUUUUGCUCUCAAAAUGAUACCUUUGAUGAAUUCUCAAGUACCCAAUUGCCUGAAAGCCUUGAAAAUGAUAGUAGAAUUCGAGAGAAUGAGGAGCUUGAACUGCUUAAUAAGCCUAGUCCAGUACCUGUGAAUAAUGGGUUUGCGGCGGAUGUUGAAAAACCCGAUAAAGAUGAGGCUUUGGAGCCUUUCUUGAAAUUCUUUAGGCCUGGCGAAUCUUUAGAAGUAGAAGAGGGAGGAGGUGAGUUAGGAGUUUCUGAGGAGAAAAGUAAUGAAUUCAAGAAGGUUGGUGUUGAAUACUAUGAGCCAAAACCUGGUGACUUAGUCGUUGGUGUUGUUGUUUCUGGUAAUGAGAAUAAGCUUGAUGUUAAUGUUGGGGCUGACAUGUUGGGUACGAUGUUGACAAAAGAGGUGCUGCCCUUGUAUGAUAAAGAGAUGGAAUAUUUGUCGUGUGAUUUGAAAACUAAUGUUGAGGAGUUUAUGGGUUAUGGGAAGAUGGGAAUUGUUAAGGAUGAUGACGCAAUGAGCGGGGGACCUGUGCCUGGAAGGCCAGUGGUUGAGACUGGAACCAUGCUGUUUGCUGAGGUUCUUGGAAGGACACUUAGUGGUAGGCCGCUGCUCUCAACUAGACGACUCUUCAGGAGGAUUGCUUGGCAUCGAGUGAGGCAGAUAAAACAACUCGAUGAACCUAUAGAGGUCAAAUUUACAGAGUGGAAUACAGGUGGCCUGCUGACAAGAAUUGAGGGUUUGCGAGCUUUCCUUCCAAAAGCUGAGUUGAUGAAGAGAGUGAACAACUUUUCUGAGUUGAAAGAAUAUACAUUUUUUGGUUCAUUUAUGUUGCAGGUGGGCUGCAGAAUGUAUGUGAAGAUUACUCGAAUAAAUGAGGCUAACAAUGACUUAAUACUGAGUGAGAGGGAAGCUUGGGAAAUGCUGCACCUUCGAGAUGGAACACUUUUAGAAGGAAUUGUUGUGAAAAUUUUACCAUAUGGAGCUCAAGUAAGAAUAGGGGAUUCCAAUAGAAGUGGGUUGCUCCAUAUCUCAAAUAUGAGUAAAACACGUAUUACUUCUGUUGCUGAAUUGCUUAAAGAGGGGGAGAAGAUCAAGGUUCUGGUUGUGAAGUCACUCUUUCCUGACAAAAUAUCUCUCAGUACUGCCGACCUCGAAAGUGAGCCUGGCCUAUUUAUAUCAAACAAAGAGAGAGUAUUUUCUGAGGCUGAAGAGAUGGCAAAGAAGUAUAGGCAAAAUCUACCUGCUGUUUCUGCACCACGUAAUGUAGAACCUCUUCCAACUGAUGCUUUACCUUUUGACAAUGAAGAAAGUCUGUAUGUAAAUUGGAAGUGGUUCAAAUUUGAAAGAGAAGAUGAAUCAAGUUGAGUUGUAAGGUUGCCCUACCAGAAUAUGAACUGUAAAAGGGAAGACUUGAGACUCAGUGCCCCACCCCUUGUAAAAUCUGCAUAAUGGCCUUCAUUGCAUGGAAGAAAGGUGAUCUUUGGCGAUUCUGUUGUAACCCGAGGAAUCUUCUCCAGCCUGUAUUCUAGUUCAGAUAACAAAUACAUAAUCCAGUUGAAAGGAAGUUGAAAUACAAGUAUACACAGAUGAUUGUUGCGUCAA